CGAGCCUUUUGCACUUUUAGCCCGUGCCGCCCAAAAUACGCCCAAAAAACGCCCGCGACGCCUUCGCGGCUGUGGCCGCCGCAUGUGCGUAUGCACAAAGUAGAAAGUCUUCGCAAUUACUGACUAAGUUUGAAAAUAAAAAAAAAACAUUGGACAAUGCCAAUAAACUUUUUCGUUACAAAACGGGACUUUAUGUUUGUUUUCUUCAAUUGCGCUAUGAUUUAAACCUAACUAUGAAGAAAACAUCAGCAUCACGGUGAUCGGCAUCAGAAUCGGCAUCAUGAGUUGCUGACACAAGCGUCAUGCGACUCAUGCCUACUUUUCGUGUGCUCCAUCUGACAACGGCUCCUUUGUGGCAUCGGUCGCAGCGAUCCAUUGAUCCCGUUGAAGUGUCGGUGAUUUGCUGUUGUCGUGUCUGCAUCAACGAUGCCGUACAGCGUAUUUCACGACCGACUGCUCCUGCGAACUUUGCGAUGGAACGAAAUCGAAAAUAUGUAUUUGCUCCGAACUGCACCGCGCCGUGACCUCCAGAUAAACGGACUUCUUGAUUUGGACGGAAUGGACUUUACUACAUUCUACCGCUCGUUCAGGUUCCAUAAAGGAGACCUGGAAGAUUUGAUGGAAGCCUUGCUGAUUCCCGAAGAGGUCAUGAGCGCUCAACGGGUUCGAGUGUCUGGUCGCGAGGCGCUGUGCAUGACGUUGCGGCGUCUAGCCUACCCUAAUCGUCUCUGUGAGCUGGAGCUCUUCUUUAGGCGCCACAGCUCGGUAAUAUCAAGUGUGGUGUCUAAAGUGUUAGCCCACAUAGAUUACUACUUCGGGCACCUCCUUGCGGACCUUACAGUGCACAAGUGGCUCAAUCUGCAAUCACUGGAGCUGUUCUCUCAGGCUGUGCACAGGAAAGGUGCUCCAUUGAAGAAUUGCUGGGGAUUUAUUGACGGAACAGCUAGACGAAUUUGUCGACCAUCAGCUAGACAAGAAGACUAUUUUUCUGGGCACAAACGCUAUCAUGCUUUGAAGUUUCAGGCAUUGAUGUGCGCAAAUGGCAUAACCUGUCAGUUGGAUGGCCCAUUUCCAGGCCGUCGUCAUGACGCUGGUAUCCUAAAGGAGACUGCCCUCUACCGCAACUUGGAGACAGUUACUCAAGGCCGCACAUAUGUAAUAUAUGGAGACCCCGCCUACCCACUUCGGCCACUGCUCUACAAGCCUUUUGGAGGUGCUUCUUUGCGUCCCCAUGAGGUUAACUUCAAUAAGCGCAUGAGCUCAGUGCGGCAGGCCGUUGAGUGGGGCUUCGGCAGAGUCGUUGCAGACUUUGCCUUCGUUGAUUUUUAUAAAAGCCAGAAGAUGACUCGGCAGAGGGUGGGUCGGAUGUACAAAGUUGCAACAUUGUUCUUAAACUGCCGUACUUGCAUGUAUGGCAGCCAAGUGUCUACAUAUUUUGAUGUUACUCCGCCCACCCUCAGAGAAUACCUUGUGCCAUUUGAGAUACCAGCAUAGCAUACUGACAUGAGCAUACAAUGGAUCCUUGUGUGUUGUGCAAGGCAGUUUGCUAUUUGUGCGUAGCCGAGUUUUGUUUUUUGCAGCUAGUAGAAGAGAACCAAGACGUUCGGCUCUAUUUUAACUGGCUUGUUGAUAACCGGGACUUAAUUGACUUUCAUUCUAUUAUCAUGACAAUAUCUUGUACAGUCAAACUCCGCUAGAACGAACGCCGCUUCAACGAAAAAUUCACUAUUCCUCGUCAGCAGUCCAUAGGAGUCAAGGCAUAAAUAUUGUCGCCACUACAACCACUUUUUCUUUGAUCGUACCGCUUCAAUGAAAUUUUACGAUGCAAUUCGAGGCUCAGAUACUUAUUGGUAAUCAGUAAACCCAAUCUUUAACAUUUCGAUGCAUAUUCAGAACCUGAAAAUGCGUCAACGAAGUCUAAAACACAUGUUGGCACCACAAGGACCGGGGCUGUUCAGCAAGCAUGGGCGCCGCCAUUGCUCGAUAGCAGUGGUAAUGAGACUGCCCUGAUAGUACACUCUAGCCCUGCUUUUGCAACUGGUUUGCUUUUGAGCUGCAGACAAUCCGAAGCUGAAGCUGCAAAAGGCGCCGCUCCACGAUACCCUGCCUCUAUCUCAGCGUUGUCGGAUACUUUUGAUGACGGACAGCUGCUGGUGUUAAUGAGUUAAUGCAACUGCUUGGUUCGUUCACUAAGGGGAUUUCAGGUGUUGUUUCAGUGUGCUUUUGACCAUGGCCUCGCUAUACAUGGGUGAAAAACACGUCGUGUCGCUGCUGGGAAAAAAUAGGAAGCAGCGGGCAUUUUUUUUUAAAUAUUGAAAAUAAACAUUUCUUUGUUUU